ACAGCAUUGUCAUAAAUGAAGGUAAAAUGUUUAGUAAAGAUUUUGAUUUUUACGCUGCUUGUUUCUCCUGCGAGCACAAUUUUCAGUAAUGCUCUGAAAAAAUUAAAACAAAAAUCCAAAGAAGCGUAUAAAAAAAAGUUCGGAAAAGAUAAAACGUGGCACUUUUUAGGACAUGAUUUAACCGAAUUCCCUGGAACAAACGAAAAUUAUAGACAAAUAAACAAAGAAAAAUGGGAUGAAUAUUACGCCUGUCUUAUGGCGCAGAAUACAAAUCUGGGACGAACUAUGUCCAUCACUCCUGAAUCUCUCCAAAUAUUUGAAUCUACGUCAGUUAGACUCGAUUGUAAAUUAUGUCUAAGUCCUGAAGAAAGCACAAGGAUUGAUUUAGUGAAAUGGUACUGGGCUAGUCUGGGAGACAAAAAACUUCGACCAGUCGACUAUACAGAAACAGUUUUGUUAUCACAGUCGAGCGGCUCUCUUCAACUGUACAAUCUUCAAAAGCAACAAAGCGGACAAUACGUUUGCCGCAUAGCAAAAGUCGCAGCUCCACCCUAUUUUUUAACAGUAGUUGAAAGUUCGGACGAAGACUUGGAAGAAGUGCAUGCACUUGAAGCCCCUUCUGGUCCUUAUCCUCGAAAACCCUACGUAAUCCCUGGUUUUAAUUUAAUCGUCGACACAGAAUGGACUCCUUGGACUUCAUGCACCAAGUGCAACCAAAUCGGUCGAAGAUACCGCAUCGGUUAUUGUGUCGUUAAAUACCAAGAAAAUACAACUACGAUUAACACCGACAACGCUACAAACACAACAGAAACUAUUAAUAUUCCGGAAAAAGAUUACGAAUUACUACAAAUAUUUAAAUUUGGUGUUUCUUGUCAAUCUCAUUUACUCCCACAAUCUGUAAAACAGAUAAAUGCUGUGGCGACCAGUAAAAAUCAAGUUAUGGCAGGAUAUUGUAAGACUUCAUGUCCAGAAAAUAAGGUGUUUGAGGUGCGCGACAAAAAUGGGAAUGUCAUUGAACGCGCUAACAAUUCUGCUGGAAUUUACUCAGUUCUACAAGGAAUACCGUCGAUACAGCCUUCAGUUACACGGUUUCUGCAAUAUGAGGAAAAAGGCAAACAUGUUGUGUUAUCUUGUCCGGGAAACCUGAAUUCGGAUGUUCCGGUCGAAUGGCAAAUCGGUUCCAGGAAGCUUAUUCCUGAGCUUUUAGUAAGUGAAUCGCAGGGAAGAAUGUACAUAAGCAUCACCGAUAAAAUUCACAUUAAGGAUGCCAAAAUUUCGGAUACCAAUAUUUACAGUUGUUGGCAGCGUCACGACUUAGCCGGAACCGUAAGACUAAUAGUGGAAAAACGACUUUCUUUGAACUUUAAUCAUCACCUCAUGCUAUUUGGUGCAGUUUUAGUAUUUUCAGUGAUACUGUAUGUCUUCAUAAAAGCUUGUUUUCGACAAAAGACUAUAAAGAAACUAAAAUAACGAAAAAAGAGCCAUCACUUACUAC